GUGAAAAGAAAAAAGAAAAGAAAAAGAAAGAAAAAAAGGAGGAAGAAAGAGAAAAAGGAAAAAAAAGUGGAAAGAAACAGAACAAGAUGUGAAGAGAGAGAGAGAGAGAGAGAGAGAGAGAGAGAGAGAGAGAGGAUGACAUGCCCAGAACCCACCCAAAGAAGCCCUAUACGCCGCCCACAGGCCACACCCACGCCCACGUACACCCACACACUCCUGUAGGUGGGCGGGGCGAGUACACAUGCCGCCCACAGCCUUCCCGUGGGUGGUGGUGGUGCUGACACUCUCUCUCUCACCACUAACUCACACUGCCCCAUCUGACUCCACCCCCUUGCCCCGCCCGGAUGUCUCAGGAAGUGCAUGGGGGGCAGUGGGGGGCGAAGGUAACCCGUGUGGUGGAGCGGCGCCCCCCGUGACCCCACCAGUAGUGUCAGUGGCGUGGGAAAGGAACAGUUCUCAAGUUGGUGUUUCAUGUCCUCCUAAACUCAGAACAUUUUUUCCUUCAUUCUCCUCUGAGCCCCCCCAGCCUGACCCCCCGUCCACCAGCGCCCCCUCCCACCCCCUGGCCACCAUAGGGGAAGGGGGGCGUGGCGUGGUGUUGAAUCUAACCCACCUACAGCAGGAAGGUGUCGGCGGGCAGGUGGUGGUGGACGUGGAGGGAUGUGGCUGUGUUGGUGUGGCUGUGGGGUUACCUAUGUGGGCUGAGGGGUUGACCUUUGCGAUACGUGGUUCCCUGAGGUUUCCCCGUGGGUGGUGGGCUGGCGGCGUGGGCGUGAGGGACAUGUGGGUGCGAGUCCAUGAAGGUUUGGGUGGUGGAGGGGUGUGUGACUACCUUCCCCCCACGCUGGAGACUCUUGACCUCUCUGAUACUCCUCUGGGUGAACUGGUACUGGAGGAAACUUGCGUCCCUAGAUCACUGCAGCGUUUGGAGGCCAUCUGGUCAGCCCUCACACGUGUUAAGCUGUGCACGCCCUCACUCACCACUCUUUACAUCAACAACAACGAAGUGGGCGGCGAGAUGGAAUGGGCGGGGUGCGAGGGCGGGGUGAGUGGCGUUAUGUACCUUCACGCGAGCCACAACCACCUCACCACGGCCUCCACUUGUACCUGGCCGAGUCUUUCCACUUUAGAGCUUAGAGGGAACUGGUUGACCUCGCUUGACCUCUCCACUUGCCCCCCGCUGAACCUCACCUCUCUCAUAGCCUCCAGGAACUAUCUCACGGUCGCCCCAGCCCUGCCACCUGUUCUUGUUAUCUUAGACCUCAGUCAUAACAAUAUUUCAACACUACCUGUCUUCCCGCGCACCCUCCAGGAGGCAGAUUUCUCGUACAACAGCUUGGAGUUGAUAGGUGAGGGGCGAUUUGGGCGUGCCAGGAAGCUACACCACCUCACCCUCGCCCACAACCACCUCACAGGGAUAGAAGAGCGCGACUUCUACGGAUUACGGAGACUACACCGCUUGGAUUUGAGUCACAACAAACUGGAGACGAUAGCUGCCAACGCCAUGCUACCACUCCGCCACCUGCGCCACCUGCACCUCCACCACAACCACCUGACGCAGCUUGACGCCCGCAUCCUCAACACACUCACCCAGACCCUGAACGCCCACGCCACGCUGCACAACAACCCUUGGGAAUGCAACUGUCAAAUGCUAGCCGCUCUGACACAGCUUCAGGCGUGCGCUGAGUGUAAGCAUAAGCGGGUAGCCUUGGAGUGCCGUGAGAGAGAGCACAUACAGGAAGUCUCGUCCUUAUUGCGCACGUGUCUUCAUGCAAUACAACACACGCAGGGGCAGGUGGACGAAUCAGACGAGGAUCUAUCUGAGGAAAUAGCCGAUCACCCUGACGAAGGCGCUGCUGGGGCUGUCCUGGUUGUCCCUAGCUUAGUUGUCAUCAUUGUCCUAGCCGUCAGCGUCGCCUGCGGGUACAGACUGUAUAAAAAGCACAGAAGAGUUAUUGUCACGACUUUAACGCCCUACUGUGCCUGCUGUGACCGGGGUUGUGCUGGUGGUGGUAUUGGGGACAGUAAUCAUAACAGUCAUAGGCAUCAUCAGGAGGCGUCACAGUUGCCAACGGGGGAACUCCAGGAUUCUGACACUGAGACUGAGAUGUGAGUGUGUGUGUGUGUGUGUGUGUGUGUGUGUGUGUGUGUGUGUGUGUGUGUGUGUGUGUGUGUACAGUUUUUUCUUUUCUCUAGUUUUCAUUUUAUUUCGUUUUUUCUCAUCUUUAUUCUUUUUUUUGUCUUUUCCUUCAAACUUUGCUAGUCUUGUAAUUAUCCAGAGAGAGAGAGAGAGAGAGAGAGAGAGAGAGAAUUAUUAGUUUCCUUGUAAAGAGUAUACAUAAUUUCAACGUGUGUGUGUGUGUGUGUGUGUGUGUGUGUGUGUGUGUGUGUGUGUGUGUGUGUGUGUGUGUGUGUGUGUGUUAAUGGGAGAUA